CUGAAGGUAAAGUAAAGUAGUUGUGAGUGAAGCAGAGCUUUAGUCCAGACGAGCCUCUCUGUUUCUCUCCAAAGAAACAACUGAAUCCAGCAGCUUCUCAUCAACAACACAACAGGAUCUGUGACAAACUCUGAGCGUCAAUAUGUCUGCUGCCAGCUGUCUUCUGACUGAAGAUCAGUUCCUGUGCUCCAUCUGUCUGGAUGUGUUCACUCAUCCAGUCACCACACCAUGUGGACACAACUUCUGUAAAGCCUGCAUCACUCACCACUGGGACGUUAAUGUCCCACCUAACUGUCCCAACUGUAAAAAGGUCUUCUACACCAGACCUGAGCUGCAGGUCAACACGUUCAUCUCUGAGAUGGCUGCUCAGUUCAGACUGUCAGCUCAACAGAAAGCCAGCAGCAGCAGCUCAGAGCAACAAGCUGCCCAACCAGGAGAAGUUCCCUGUGACGUCUGCACUGGAACCAAAGUGAAGGCCCUCAAGUCCUGCCUGGUGUGUCUGGUCUCCUACUGUGAGGCUCACCUGGAGCCUCAUCUGACUAUGUCAGGUCUGAAGAGACAUCAGCUGAUGGACCCAGUGAAGAACCUUGAAGGCAGGAUGUGUACGAAGCACAAUAAACUGCUGGAGCUGUUCUGUAAGGCCGACCAGAUGUGUGUCUGCAAGCUCUGCACUGUUUUAGACCACAAGAACCAUGAUGUUGUUCCUCUGAGAGAAGAAUAUGAAGGAAAGAAGGCCGAGCUGGGGAAGACUGAGGCUGAAGUCCAGCAGAUGAUCCAGAAGAGACGACUGAUGAUUCAGGAGAUCAAACAUUCAGUGAAGCUCAGCGAGGUACAAGCAGACAGAGAGGUAGUAGAAGGUGUCCUGGUCUUCAGCGCUCUGAAGGAGUCUGUUGAGAGAAGCCAGGUGGAGCUCAUGGACACCAUAAAAGAGAAGCAGAGAAAGACACAGAAAGAGGCUGAAGGCUUCAUCAAAGAGCUGGAACAGGAGAUCUCUGAGCUGAAGAAGAGAAGCACUGAGGUGGAGCAGCUCUCACGCUCUGAAGACCACCUCCACCUCCUCCAGAGCUUCGGGACCCUGAACACUGCUCCACCCACCAAGGACUGGACAGGAGUCAGAGUCAGUCCACCUUCAUAUGAGGGGACUGUCGUGAGAGCUGUGAACCAGCUGGAGAAGAAGCUCCGUAAACAGAUGAAGAAGCUGCUGGAGGAGAAGCUCAGUAAAGAGAUGAAGAAGCUGCUGGAGCUGAAGAGAGUCCAGCAGUCUGCAGUGGAUGUGACACUCGAUCCUGAUACAGCAAAUCCUUACCUCAUCCUCUCUGAUGAUGGAAAACAAGUUAAACAUGGAGAUGUAAAGAAGAAUCUCCCAGACAAUCCAGAGAGGUUUAAUUUUCAUGUUAUUGUCUUAGGAAAGCAGAGUUUAUCUUCAGGUAGAUUUUACUACGAGGUUCAGGUUAAAGGGAAGACUGGCUGGGCGUUAGGAGUCGUGGGAGAGUCCAUCAACAGGAAGGGAAACAUCUCACUGUCUCCUCAGAAUGGUUACUGGACGAUGUGGUUGAGGAAUGAGAUUGAGUACUUUGCUCUUGAUGACCCUCCAGUCCGUCUCCCUCUGGGGUCCCGGCCUGAGAAGGUGGGGGUGUUUGUGGAUUAUGAGGAGGGUCUGGUCUCCUUUUAUGACGUUGAUGCUGCAGCUCUGAUCUACUCCUUUACUGGCUGCUGCUUCACUGAGAAACUCUACCCGUUCUUUAGUCCAAGACUAAAUGAUAAUGGUACAAACUCUGCUCCUCUGAUCAUCUCUGCUGUCAAUCACACUGAGUAGAACAAACUCUUUUCUACAGACUAGAAAAGGCUAAGGAACAUUAGAGGAACUCUGGGACUUAAAGUAGCCCGAAUGAGCUUGCGGUAAAGCCCAAGAAUAAGAUAUUCUCAUAUAGUUUUUUAAAAACCUGCACUCGGUCUGUAUUUGAGUUAAUAAACAGAACAGAAUAUGUUUUAUAACUUGUUCUAUAAUGAUAUUGCGUGUAAGAAUGUGAUCUAGAAGGAUAGGACCCUGAAUAAUAACGAAUGACUGACUGAGCUGAAUAUAAAAUACAGACAUGUGUAUGUGUCUUUUAUUUUGAAAAGCAGCACAGCCUAAUGCAUUCAGACUGGUGACAGUUAAUCUUGCUGCAGGUGUGAGUCGCUGCUGUUACAUUCAAAGACACACUUAGCAUUCAUGAGUUCCCCCCCCCCACACACCACCACAGUGUGUGUGUGUGGGG